AUGCACGAGACCAUCUCCGGCGCCGAGGUCUACGGACCAGGGACGUACAUCGACAAAACCGUCCUUCCCGUACCAGAAGACACCCAACGAAUCUUCAAAUUCCUCGCAUCAAAGACACCCGGGUUCACAAAAGACUCCGCGAUAUGGGAUACGGUCAAGUUCGAAGGGCGGCCGGACCCAAUGGUCCCCGGACCGAUGAAAUCCCCCGCGGUGGUAGCAGCACUGCACGCCAUGUGCGGAGUCGUUGGAAACGAGCUCCUGGAACUGCGAGACGGAAAGGCUGCAAAGGAGGCAAGUGUCACCGUGAACACGGAUCACGCCGGAAUCUGGCUUGCCUCAACAUUCACCGUGCACGUGAAGGGAUCGGAUCUGUCGACUCUUGCACGGGCCGGAACGUUGUCUAAGAUCUUUACCCGGGACUUCGAUCGGGGUUUCGGCGUUGGUCCGUUGUCUGGUCGGGCGACUGCUUUGUAUCCGACCAAAGACCCGAAAGUGUGGUAUCAAUUGCAUGGAUCGUUGGAUGCGAGCAAGACGCUCCAGUCUAUGGGCAUUGAUAUGGAUGUUCCCCUGAAAAAUGUCGAUGAGGGGUACGAGUAUCUCAAGAGCCAUGUGCGAAAGUGGAGUGCGGAUGAGCUUGAGAUGCAUAACGUGAGGCAUGGGUUGUGUGGUAGUAUUUGCUACUCGCCCGAUGCAUGGAGAAAGACCGAGAUGGGAAGGCGACUUGCCGAACACCCUCUUGUGAAUUGUAAACAUGAGUUUUACGCGAAGGAAACACCUCCGGUUCCUCUGCGCCAACUCUCUGACCGGCGUCCCCUGGCUGGGAUCAGGGUUUUGGAGAUGGUACGCAUCAUUGCUGGUCCCACUGUUGGAACUACAUUGGCAUCAUUCGGCGCAGAUGUCAUCCGGAUCAACUGCAGCAAGCUCGCGGAUCUGAAUGUCCUUCAACUGGCUCUGAACGCCGGAAAGCGCACCAUUGACCUGGAUAUCGGAAAAGAGGAAGAUAUGGCCCGUCUUCUGGAGCUCGUUGGCGAAGCAGAUAUCUUCGUACAAGGCUUCCGGUAUGGAUCACUCGACCGUAAGGGGCUUGGCCUGAAAGAUAUGCUCGACAUGGCAGCAAAGAGAAACAAGGGUCUUGUAUACGUCGAUGAAAACUGCUAUGGACCCAGCGGGCCCUUCGCCGAGAGACCCGGAUGGCAGCAAAUCGGAGACGCCGCGUCCGGUGCGUCGUACGUUAUGGGGCGGGCAUUGGGCUUUGAUGAAGGAACAAGCGUUCUACCACCACUGCCAAUCUCCGACAUGGCAACUGGCAUUAUCGGUGCCCUAGGAGCGAUGCUGGGCAUUCGUGACCGAGCACGGAAGGGCGGGUCUUAUCAUGUGAUAAGUUCGCUUGUGGCAGCAGACACGAUUCUGCUGGACAAGGAGAUUGGCCUCUACCCUGUGGAGGUCGUGCAGAAGACGUUCGAUGAGUUCAAGUUUGUGCGCUCUUCGCCUGCCCAAUUCGUCACCGAAAUUAUGAUUCAAGUGAUCGAUGGAUGGAAGAACGUUUUCCCCGAGUAUUUGACCCCUGACUCCUCAUUCAUGAUGAGAUUUGAGGACAGCCCCUGGGGACAAAUGGAUCUUUUGAGGCCUGUUGCCAGAUUGGAUGACAAGGAAGCAAGUCCCAUGUGGACAAGCCCCCCUGUUCCAAAUUGCCAUCAUGAUGCCAGUAUCACAUGGGCAUAA